AUGUCGGUCGUUUCUCUUCUUGGCGUGAAAAUCGUCAAUAACCCUGCCUCUUUCCUCGACCCCUAUCAAUUCGAGAUCACGUUUGAAUGUCUUGAACAGCUGCAGAAAGAUCUGGAGUGGAAGCUCACCUAUGUCGGUUCGGCGACAUCCUCCGAAUAUGACCAGGAACUCGACUCCCUGCUGGUGGGACCGAUCCCCGUCGGUGUCAACAAAUUCAUCUUCGAGGCCGACCCCCCAGACCUCAAGCGCAUCCCUACUUCCGAAAUUCUGGGAGUCACCGUGAUUCUUCUCACUUGCAGCUACGACGGCAGAGAAUUCGUCCGUGUUGGCUACUACGUAAAUAAUGAAUACGAUUCUGAGGAGCUCAUGGAGCAGCCGCCGGCUCGGCCCAUCAUCGAGCGCAUUCGUCGGAACAUCCUUGCUGAGAAGCCCAGAGUAACCCGCUUUGCCAUCAAGUGGGACUCUGAGGAAUCUGCCCCCGCUGAAUACCCGCCGGACCAGCCCGAAGCCGACCAGGAGGGCGAUGACAGUGCUGCCUACGGUGCAGAGGAAGCAGAGCUGGAAGCAGCCCUCUUCAAGGAGCUCAACGAUCUGGAGCCCAAGACCGAAGACCAAGAGAUGGAGGGUACCGAGGGCCCUGCCGCCAAGGAGGAAGAGGAGGAAGACAUCUCGGACGCCGAGUCCGAGGACAUCGAAGAUGAGAGCGACGAAGAUGAGGAGGAGCUCGACGAGGAAGAGGGCGACGAUGGCGAUGAGGACGUCGAGAUGGGCGAUGAUUCCGAGCAGAAGGAUGAAUCCGCCGGAGGCGCCAGCAACAACAAUCCCGCGGCCCAUCAACAACAGCCCGAGCUGAUGGUGCACUAA